AUGCCAGUGGACAGUAUUUUUCUUUCUCAACGGCCAACUGAUGAGUCUCAAUUGUUUUCAUUAACACAACGAGAGUCGCCCCACCCCGCCGUCCCAUCCCCCCCUAAGCACGGCCUGCCAGCCCAGUUUCCAUUUAGACCGCCUGACCCGCCCAUACCCCCACCCCCUCCUUUGCACAACCCACCCCCCACCCCCUCAGCAAUGGCCAGCAACAGUUUUGGGGGCGUGGCAGGUGUGAACGUCGAUCUGUGGCGCGAAUGUGUCGCUUGGCUAACCAGGUGCAAGGUCAUCCCGCCCGAUCACAAGGCCGCCCAGCCGGACGCCGAAAUCCGCAUCCUGGCGAUGACACUGCGCGACGGAGUGCUCCUCUGCAACCUGGUCAUCCAUCUGGACCCAAGCAGCAUGGAUCCGCGCGAAUUCAAUCGCAAGCCGCAAAUGGCACAGUUCCUGUGCAGCAAGAACAUCAAGCUGUUCCUGGAUGUGUGCCACAACAAUUUCGGCAUUCGGGAUGGCGACCUGUUUGAGCCGGCGAUGCUGUACGACCUGACCAACUUCCACCGCGUCCUUAUCACGCUCUCCAAGCUCUCACAAUGCCGCAAGGUUCAGCAGAUGCAUCCGGAUCUUAUUGGCUUUAACCUGCAGCUGUCGCCCAGCGAGCGUUCCCAUUCGAACGAGAACAUCUACAAGGACCUGCAUUCCACCGAGAUGAACAUGCGAAAGACGAGCAGCAUGGACGCCUCCGUCUCCGCCUCCUCGUCGGCGGAAUACUACGAUAGAACCUCGCAGAGCGGCUCGCUGGACGAGAAUAGCGACAUAACCAUCGAGAACGGAACGGAGGACAUCGACGACUACAUCGAGGACUCGCUAUCCAACAUGUGCGACUCCACCAUCGAGAAUGAUGGCGAUGAUGCGGGCGUGGAGACACCACUGCUUUCCGGGCAGGAUAGCAGCUUGCGUGCGCUCUCCUUUGAUCUCAGCCUGGAUGUGGUUGGUCCAACGGCCGAUUCCGCCUCCAAUGCGGUCACACCCACUCCGGAAUCGUUUGCACGAGCGGGAUGUGAAGCUCCAUUGGCUAGCGAGGCCAGCAUUUCUAGUAGUGCGCCCCCAGAACCACCGAUGGGUCGACUGGUGUCCACGUCCUCGUCCUCCUCUCUGCUUCUGGUCAGCGAGAGCCAGCACUUGCAGCGCGCAGCCGCCGCUGUCUACAACUACCGAUCGUCGAUGGCGUCCACGGAGCACGAGUACGCCUACAUCUACAGCGAGGACGACGAGAAGGUCUACGAGGACCUGUGCUACGUCACCUUCCAGGCGAAGGCCAAACCCGAGACCGCCUCGACGACGAGCUUCGAGCAGCGCGACUAUGUCAUCCGUGAGCUAAUCGACACAGAAUCGAAAUAUUUGGAUGUGCUAAACGCACUGAAGACCAAGUUCAUGGCUCCGCUGGAACGCCAUCUCAAUCCGGACGAACUGCGUAUCAUAUUCCCGCGCAUCAAAGAUCUGGCCGAGAUCCACACAAAGUUCCUGGAUAAACUAAGGGAAUCGGUAGCGCCCAAUGCCAAAAUAAAGAUGGCCCAGGUGUUCCUCGAAAACCGUGAGCCAUUCCUCAUCUACGGCGAAUACUGCUCCAACCUUUUGGGCGCCAUCGAUUAUUUGUCGGAUGUGUGCAAGAAGAACCAGAUCAUCGAUCAACUGGUGCAGAAAUGCGAGCGCGAUUACAACGUGGGCAAGCUGCAGCUGCGCGACAUCCUUUCCGUGCCGAUGCAGCGCAUCCUCAAGUACCACCUGCUGCUGGACAAGCUGGUGAAGGAGACGUCGAUGCAGCACGAGGACUACCGGUCGCUGGAGCGCGCCAAGGAGGCCAUGAUCGAUGUGUCGCAGUACAUCAACGAGGUGAAGCGCGACUCCGACCAUUUGGUGAUCAUCCAGAAGGUGAAGGACAGCAUCUUCGAUCUUCACCUGAUGCAGAAUGGCAACGGUGGCGAUCUGCUACAGUACGGACGCCUGCUUCUGGAUGGGGAACUGCACAUCAAGGCGCACGAGGAUCAGAAGACCAAGCUGCGCUACGCCUUCGUCUUCGACAAGAUCCUAAUCAUGGUGAAGGCGCUGCACAUUAAGACCGGUGACAUGCAGUACAACUACCGCGACUCGCACAACCUCGCCGACUAUCGCGUGGAGCAGAGCCAUUCGCGACGCACCCUUGGCAGGGACACACGCUUCAAAUACCAGCUCCUGCUGGCCCGCAAGUCCGGAAAGACCGCCUUCACCCUGUACCUCAAAUCGGAGCAUGAGCGGGACAAGUGGCGCAAGGCUCUUACGGAGGCAAUGGAAAGCCUCGAUCCGCCUGGCUGCCGAAGUACGGACCACAAAAUGGAAAUCUACACCUUCGAUGCGCCCACAACGUGCCGCCACUGCUCCAAGUUCCUCAAGGGUCGCAUCCACCAGGGCUAUCGGUGCAAGGUGUGCCAGAUUAGCGUGCACAAGGGCUGCAUCUCGUCGACGGGUCGCUGCAAACAGAAUCCGGUUAGUGCGCCUCCGCCCGUCUGCGAUCGCCAGUUGUCCGAAUUCAAUUGGUUUGCGGGCAACAUGGACCGGGAAACGGCGGCCCAUCGGCUGGAGAAUCGACGCAUCGGCACCUAUCUGCUGCGAGUGCGUCCACAGGGUCCAUCGACGGCCCACGAGACGAUGUAUGCCCUCAGCCUGAAGACGGACGAUCAUGUGAUCAAGCACAUGAAAAUCAAUCAGGAAAACUCCGGCGACUCCAUGCUCUACUGCCUUUCCUCGCGAAGGCAUUUUAAGACCAUCGUCGAGCUGGUUUCCUAUUAUGAACGCAACGAUCUGGGGGAGAACUUUGCGGGACUCAACCAGUCCCUGCAGUGGCCCUUCAAGGAGGUGAUCGCCACCGCUCUGUACGAUUAUGAGCCGAAGGCUGGCAGCAAUCAGCUGCAGCUGCGCACCGACUGCCAGGUGCUGGUCAUUGGCAAGGAUGGCGACAGCAAGGGCUGGUGGCGCGGCAAGAUUGGCGAUACGGUUGGCUACUUCCCCAAGGAGUACGUGCAGGAGCAAAAAUUGGCCAGCGAAGAGCUUUGAUAUUACAAUUACGAGGUUUACUUUGCACCCAAGGCCAUUACGCCCACGACGGCAGCCAUUGUUGAAUCACCAGGAGCCGGAGCAGCAGCUGCAGCUGGAGUUGGAGUUGAAAUUGGAACAGGAACUGGAGGAGCUGUGACCGCAACUGGGGCCAUUCAAGAAGCCCCCAUCGAGGAGGGCGUGGCCAGCCUGAAUAGCAACAGCCACAGCUACAACAACUGCGGCCAGAUCAUACCCUAGUUAAAUAUAUAUAUAUUUAAUGAUACAAAUUGUUUUUAUUUAAUUUGAUUAAGCACCUUUUUUGUUUGUAAUUUUAUCAUUUAUGCGUCUGCUCGAAACAUUUGUGCCAAUCACUGGAAAAUUACAUUUACAAAAUCAUCCACCAAUGUUCGUUUAAAAAUGUUUACUUUUAAUGUUUCAAUUGUUUUAAAUUAUAUAUUGCAAAAAUAUAUAUAUAUAUGUAUAUGUUUACAGUUUUAAGAAAGUUUAGUAUCCUAAGAUUUAUUUGUGCGUGUGUUAGUGUUGUUUUUUUCCCCCCCGAUUUCUAAAUCUUUUUUUUUUUGUUUAUUGAACGUAAUCGUCCCACGUCGAGUGAGGGUUGUGCGAAUGAAAAAAUGGGGAGAAAAAUAUGAGUGCCCUGUGCGGCAUUUCUAUACAAACGAAGCUUUAAAAAUUUAUAUUCGUAUUAUUGUACUGCUAGAUAUUUAAUCCUAGUUGAAACGAAAAUGUUAACAAAACGAAAGCAACGCAGCCACAAAAUGUUCGAACAGAUAUAAGAUUACUACGAUGAUGUAACGACGAUGGGAAAGAAAAAGCUUUAGUAAUAACGAUAGCCGUCAUAUUUACAAGAUGAUCAACAUUUUAGGCCAGCCAAUUUAUAGAUAUCUAUACCUAAAUAUAAUGUACCUAUUUAUAUAGCCAACGAAUAACCUGCGAAUUAAUUGUGAAUCCGAUCAAUCGAAAACUCAACGAAGUUUUUAAAGCAAAUAUCUGGAGUUUAAUUUCGCAAAUAUCAGUCAUGCUUCCAUCUUCACUUGGCGAUUUCAUAUGAAAUCAGACUUUCAAAUACAUCAAAUUAGUUAAUUACUUUUUACAAUUCAAGAAUCGAGUCAGUCAAAAACCAGCACCAGCCAAAUCGGUUUAUAACUAAUUAAGUACCAAGUUGUGUAAACUUUUAUGGAACUAAAUUUGUUUAUAAAGGCAAAAAAAAACUAAUAAUCGUUAAUAUUCAAUGGGUAUUAUCACUAAAAUUAAUCAUAAAUUAAAUCGCAAGAAAGAGGAACUGGGAGUACGUCUGUAUGAAAGUGGAAACCUUAAAAAAAAUUAGAUUUAUUAAAAUCUAUCAGAAAUUACGUUUUUCGCGCACAAGAAAAAGCAAUUCAGAUCACAAUAUUACAUGGCAAAAUUAUUUAAUGUCAAUUUUUUAGCACAAAGCACCGCAGCAACAAUAGAAAAAUGGAAAAUAUAAAUUUUCUAGACUAAAAUGUCGGUUUCAGACCCUUUAUGUGUUUAAGGUUGAUUUCAUGUUAAAAUUUAUGUGAUCCUAACUAAUCGAAACGUUAAAAAAUUCCGAAUGCUGCAUUUAUCACAUUACUUUUCUAUAUCUCUCAACUUUUCAACUGCUCUCUAGCUGUCCCUUUCCAAAUGACAAAUUAAAAAUCUUUUUAUGGCAGCUAAAAAAUUAAAGUUAAGUCAAUGUUCGGAAUGUUCUUUGAGUGAGUAUGUUUAAUUGCAAAUUGUCGCAGUUCUUUGAUAAUGUAAACAAAAUGUUUGUGGUUUUAUAAUUAAAUAAAACGACUAGGAAAUCGCUGAAACCCGAAAUCGCACUAAUAAACGACUUUUGUGAAAGUUUUGUUGUUCAAUUGAAAUCAA